UGCCGCUGAUGCCCGGCAGGAGUCAGUAGUACCCGGUCUUUGGAUCUGCGUCUCUCUCAGCCUGCAGAAGAAGGAGGAACGCUGUCAUGGCGGCCAAGGUGGUGAUGCUGGCCGUCCCGACGGUGAUGGGCAUAGCCUCCAUCCGUGUGUAUACUGUAAGCGAAGCGCCCACUGAUGGACUGCUUACUCGAGAAAGGCUGAACAUCUACACCCCGCUGCCAAUGUUUGCUCAGGCCCUGUUUGUCCCAGAGACUCCCGGUGUUAUACAGAAUGGGUUAACUACAGCCAGACAGGGCAUACGACCCUUUGUCCAGGCUGUGAAGGGUGCCUGCAUCUCUGUGAAAACAAAAAGUGUAAAUCUAUACCAUAAAGGACAGGAUGCGUACUAUUAUUUGAAAGACCCUCCCCCGGAACUUCUUCCCAGAUUUGGCACCAUCACCAUGGCCGGCGUGCUUGGCAUGUUCUUGGCACGGAAAGGCUCUCAACUCAAGAGGGUAGCCGUUCCUCUGGGUCUGAUGACUGCCGGAGCCUCAGUGUGUUACCCCGCUCAAACUGUGGCUGUUUUUAAGAUCACGGGUAAGAAGGUAUAUUCUGCUGGUCAGUGGACCGGCGCCUCGGUGUCUUCACUGUUCGCCUCCAAGCCCCCCCCAGAGCCGGUGGCCCAGGAGAUUGCUGCUUCACAACCACAGGCUGGAUAA